GCGCGCGCGCGUGUGUGUUUGUGUUGAGCGUCUCUGAGUGCGGAACAGCUGAUCGUCUCCUGUCUUAUCAUAUCGGAUUUACCCGUUUUCUUUGGAAUGAGUUUUUGGAAACGCAAAAUGAGUGACGCCAAAAAGAAUGGAGUUGAAAAGGACGAAGGACCAUUCUACCUGACCCCCACCCCAGAGUCACCAGUAGAGACUAAUGGACUAGGUCCUGUCAUUACAGACAUCAGCUUGGACCUUCCAGAUGAUAAAAAUGACCUCGAAGACACUGGAAAAUCUACAUGCUCAGAAAGAACCGAUCUGUCGGUUGCUCUGGAGGAUUGCAUGGCAGCACUGGAUUUAUUCUUGCAUAAUGACUUUGACAAGGCACUCUCUAGACUCAAGAGCAGGACUAAAGAGAGCAUGUAUCAUGCACUGACGUAUGCCACCAUUCUGGAAAUGCAGGCAAUGAUGACCUUUGACCCUGAGGACAUCUUGACAGCAGGGAACACUAUGAAAGCUGCUCAGGCUCUUUGUCAGCGGUAUCGUAAGAAGUCCUCCUUUAACAGCAAAGCCUUUACAGAAGAGGAGCUGCAUGCUGAAGUGUGUUAUGCCGAGUGUCUCCUCCAGAGGGCAGCACUGACCUUCUUGCAGGAUGAAAAUAUGAUCAGCUUUAUUAAAGGAGGAAUUAAAGUGAGGAACAGCUAUCAAACAUACAAGGAGCUUCAUACUAUCCUGAAAUCCUCUGAUUAUGUUCAUGGUCAAAGUCAUGGCCACUUCGAGGGAGGAGUAAAACUUGGCGUGGGAGCAUUUAAUCUGAUGCUUUCAUUGUUGCCCACGAGGACCCUGAGGAUGCUGGAGUUUGUGGGUUUCUCUGGUAAUAAGGAGUUUGGACUGCAGCAGCUCCUGGAGGGCUCUGCUGCACGUACAUUUAGGUCUUUCCUGUGCAACAUGCUGCUGCUUUGCUAUCACACCUUCAUGAGUUUCAUAUUGGGGACUGGAGAAGGAGACGUCGAGGAUGCAGAGAAACUGCUGCAGCCGUACCUAAAACAGUAUCCCAAGGGAUCUAUCUUUUUGUUCUUCGCCGGUCGAAUAGAAGAAAUCAAAGGCAAUCUAGAUGCUGCUAUUAAACACUUUGAGGAGUGCUGUGAAGCCCAGCAGGACUGGAAGCAGUUUCAUCACAUGUGCUACUGGGAGCUGAUGUGGUGUUUCACCUAUAAGCAACACUGGAAGAUGGCCUACUUUUACGCAGAUCUGCUCAGCAAAGAGAACGCGUGGUCUAAGGCCAUGUAUGCAUACAUGAAAGCAGCCUACCUCAGUAUGCUGACUCCAGAGGAACGUCAGCCAUUUGGGGCUAGCGAUGUGGCAUUAUUCAGGCAAGUGCCUGGGCUAAAACAGAAAAUAGCUGGAAAGUCUUUACCCACUGAGAAGUUUGCCAUUCGCAAGGCUCGUCGCUAUAACACAGAGAAGCCCGUUUCUCUGCCUGCACCGCCGCUGGAGAUGAUGUAUAUCUGGAAUGGUUACACUGUGAUCGGAAAGCACAAAGACUUGACAGAGGGAAUGUUAAAGACACUGGAUGAAGCUCAGCAGAAACUUGAACAGAGUCCAAAGACAGAAUACUCCAUAGAUGACCAGUGUGUACUGGGUCUGCUAAAGGGUCUGUGUCUCAAGCACCUAGGGUAUACAGAAGAAGCCGAGCACUAUUUCACCCUCGUUCUCUGCAAUGAGACACAGAUCAAGUUUGACCACUACCUUGUACCAAAUGCUCUGUUAGAACACGGCCUGCUGUGUCUGGAGCAGGGCAGGAGAGAGGAAGCCAUCAAGCUGCUGGAGACGGCCAAGCAGAACUAUAAAAAUUACUCGAUGGAAUCACGGACCCAUUUCCGGAUCCAAGCGGCUUUGCACAAAGCACAAGCUACAGAGGAGAACGGGGAACCCUGCUCCCCCUCAAGUCCAUAACAACCACAGUACGAAUGGAGUCAGAGGGGUUACAGGGUCAAAAUAUGCUAUGCUCAGGCCUAAGGAGCUGGUUAGAGGCUUCAUAAGUGCAGAAAUACAAACAAACACAACUGAAAACAACAGACCAGCAGGACUGAGCAUCUGAUGCGGGAACGCUCUCACUCACACACAUGCAUUAACAAUUACUUACAAAAUCCCUUUCUAUAUAUUAGAGACAAUCAUACAAUACACGUAGCCCCCAAUGCAUGCAGUGUGGAAAAGAAGCAGUCCAUCUCUGAAUAAAAGCCAAAUCAUUGUGCUGAUGCAGAAAGACUUGUGCCCAAGGCUUAGAGUAUAUUUGUGACACACAAAAUCCAAGGAUUUUACUAGCUCAUUUGAGCAGCUUCUUAUUUUUACAUUGGUGUCUCCACUGCAGCCAGCUUGUGACCUUAAAAAACAAGUAAUGCGUGUCUUAGUCAAUAUUUAUUUUGAUAUAAGCCUUCAUCUUUAUGCACAUGCUAAUAUAUUCUUCAUUGGAUACACAACCAUUGUCUGCUUUACUACGAACACCCUGCUAAUUAAUGAAAUUAUCCAGUCAGCAAAUCAUGUGCCAGCCAGCUGUGCAGUGCAUAAAAAGAUCAAAUGUAGAUGCGGCUCAAGAGCCGCAUCUACAAUGCUUUACAAUAAGGUACCAUAUUCCCCUGCUAGCUAACACUAGUCUGGUUGUUUCUAGUUAACCUUUCAUGCCAAUAGGGUAUUUCUAUCCACAAAUGUGGUGCCCACUGUGUUUUUUUUCCUCUCACCAUUGUGUAUUUACUGUAGGCUGCAAAAAUUCCAGGAACUCAACAGAUUCUGAGAUACUCAAAUCAGAAUCAGCCAGUCACCAAUAAACAUGCCACAGUUAUCAAAGUCCCAGGGAUCAAAUAUGGAGAUUAUCUAAAGCUCUUGAAGUGUGUCUGCAUAAGUUUAUAAAUUGUAGAACUGCAACGUGAUUGGGUGGUUGCACAUUUAAAUGAAUGACAUAUAUAAAGUGGUUUAUAUGUGCAUACAGCUAAUUUUUCUCUUUGCUUGUCUGUGUAUGCAUUCAUGCAUAGAACCAGAGCAAAAAAAUCGCCACUGGGAUCAAAAUGGACAAAACCGAAAAACUGUUUUGUCAGUUACAUUAAAAACCAAAGAAAAUAGUGUUUAUUUGUAAAAUGCUUAAACUUUGUUAAUGCCCCAAACACCAAUCAUUAGUAUUUCUAGUCAACAACAAGAACACAAAUUAUGUAAUGCAUUGUUUACAAUGUGAAUUGAUGUAGUGUUAAUCAAUGCCGAACUGCAACUCUGUCGAGGAAAUAUUUGAAAUUCUUACAAGCAACUUGUUUUAACCUGUAGCAGUGCUACCACCUCAUUAUACUAGAAAUUGUAAUUAAAUAAGUCAGCUUUAUUAAUGUUAGCAGAGCUGCUAAAAAUCUUUCUUUUUUUUAACAGAUUUUUUUCAUUAUUGGGUUACUUAAAUAUAUGUAAAUACUAGGAUAAAAAUUUUCUUUCUUUUUUUUUUAAUUCUAAUUAUGUUUUAUUGAUAUUGUUUGCUUGUUGGAAUAGCCUUUUACAUUAGGCCAUUUUUAUUUAUUAUGUUUUUCUUCUUAGUGUUUUGUAGGUUACAAACAAUGACAAUGCAAUAUUGAGAGUUUGUGGGUUUCUUUAGUGUCAUUUCUUUCUAGUAUUAAUUGUUUGUUUUAUUGGCUUUGUGAAAUUGUCCCAGUCUGACUGGACAGCUGAAUGUGUCUUUCAGAAGGGCAGUCUCCUUUGUGUGGACUUACUCAUGGUGCAAGCCAACACCAAAAGUCUUUCAUGUUGGGGGAAGGCAGACAGGGCUUUCUGCUUUAGCUAUGGUGAGGGAUGCAUUAAAAACCACUAUAGCCUUAUAAUAAAAACUAUUAGAAAUAGGAUUUUUGUUAGUUUAAUGAAUGCUACUAAAUGUGCAAGAGCAUUGACCCUAUCAAAUGAAGACCAUGGCAAUGCAGUCUGUAUAAAUGUAUUUUAAUUUAUGUCAUUAAGUCUUACUGUUGUAGUAGAACUACAGUGUCUGUUACUAUUUAAACCCAUUUUACUCUCAGUUGCUGUAUAUAGUAUAAGAGCAGAGAUAAAGGUUGAAUACUUAAUUUUUAUAUGAAGGACUUUAAUGGAUGUUCAUUAAAACUACUUAAAUUCACAUUUACCCAAAGGCGGUGGAAAACAAAAUUUGAUUAAAAGGUGAUUAAAUUUACAA